CAGAUGCCUAUAAGGAUGGAAGUACCACUUUCAAAGAAUUGAGGGAAGCUUUCAUUGACUAUUCAAUUUUACCCAUCACUUUUCCUAGUCAGCACAACAGCCAUGGUUUACAGACAAUGAGGAUGUUGUCGUCUGUUGUUUGGGAUCCAAAGGAAGAGAUAUCAUCCAUACUAGUCCAAUUAGGCCUGGCGACAUUAAACCACUCUUUUUUUGUUGGAUUACCUUAUAUGUAUAGCACUCUAAAGUCUGAAGUCCUUCAAGUAAGUGAAAUCACUGCAGUUCUCGACAAACUUCUCCUGGUUCCCCACUCCAACUUCAAAAAAAUAGACAGCUCUAAAUUGGACAGACUUCUGCAUUUUCUCCUAUCUGGAAUUAGAGACACCAGAGACUCAAAAGAAUAUCAGAGAAAGUUGAAGACAUUACCUCUGUUUGAAACAGUACAUGGUGAGCGGCAGAGCAUUAAAGGGUGUAACAAAGUGUUCAUUCUGAAGACAGGGUUUGAAAGGAUCCCUGAUUUGUACUGUAUUGGUGCAAAUGGACACGUUGUCCUGAAGAACACCCUUGUCAACCAGACACUCUCAGUAACACUGAAAAUAAGUGCUUUAACUGACCUAGAGUUCUAUGUAAAGUUCUUGCUGCCCUUACUCCACACACUCACAGAAAAACAAGUUUUUGACUCAAUUGAGCUGCUCUUGGUCCUAAAGCAAAAGAAAACAUACAAGGACUACAAGGAUCAGAUUGUAGACCAACUAAGACGUGUUAAGUUCAUUAGAGAUAUCCAUGAUACUCCUCAAUUGGCCUCAUACUUUUUUGAUGAGAAAGAGCCCCUCUACAAGAUUAUGCUUCCUCGAGAGAACUUUGUACCACCAACAUUCUGGGAAGCAAUUGAUCAUGAAGAAGGAUCCGUCAGACGGCUACUGAAGGAGCUUGGAAUGAAACACACUGUUACAGAUGUUGAGAUUAUAGAGUUUGCGCGCAUAAUUGAGUCAGAAGCACAUCACACAAUCUCAAUUGAUGAGUUGAAGAAGAAGUCUUCUGCAUUAUUCAUUAAAGCUUUGGAAUACAAUGCCAAUAAAAAGUCCAACUUGUUGAACAGGAUUGCACACAUUAAGUUUGUUUUUCCUUUGCAAAUUCAGAAAAAACUGUGUGAUUACCACCAACCGUUUGCAGGAAAUAGAGAUGUGGUGGCAAUCAAAGGGUCUUUGAUUGACACAAACCCUGAUCAUCAGUAUCUCAUUUGGUCGUCCACACCAAUACUGCCGACAGACAAACUGUGUCAAUCUUACGUCGAAGAUUUGAAUGAAGCAGGAGCCUUUCGUCAUCCACCCUCUGAGUCAGUGGCCCAGAACCUGAAAAACAUCUGUCAGUCAGAAUGCCCAAACAAUAAUUUGAGAAACAUCAGAAAAACUGCAUUUUGCCAAUCAUAUGCAUACUUACAAUCAAAGAAUUUCAGGGCAUCUCAGCUUCAAGACCUGCCAGUGGUUCUUGUUGAAAAUGAUACUGUUCUUGUGCAAACCAGUCGAGCAGUGCUCAGUCUGAAUAAUCACCUUGAGUUUAGGCCAUAUCUGUAUAGAAUCAGUCCACAGCAUGUGUUAUAUGCUGAAUUCUUCAAAAAGAUCGGUGUGGAGGAGAGACCCACAAUAAGGCAGUACGGCACAGUCCUCAUGGACAUUUAUAUGGACACCAAAGGAAAGGAAACUCUCAAUGCAAAUCAGCAGUUAACAGUCAAACGUGCUGUGCAGCAUUUGUUCGAACUAAUUGCGGAACAGCCAAAACAAAAGCACUUUCCAGAGCAUUUGUAUCUACCAUCAACAGAUGGCAAACUAUACAAAUCCCAAGAACUCUACUUCAAUGAUACUGUCUACCAGGCAAAAAGACUUGAAGACUCACUGAAAGACAAAAUCAGACUCGUAAUGAAUCUGGGUGACUGUUACCUUGGGGAGGACCUAUAUAAACAUCAGAAGAUGCUGCAGUUGCUACCUAAAGACCAUCAACUCACAAUGUUGUCUCAUAUCACCACUGAAAGCCUUGUGAGAUCUAGCAUGAAUCUGUGUGAAUAUGGAAAUAGCUGUGAGUUCAGUGGCUGGUUUGAGAAACGUUUAUCCUCCAGUGCAUUUUUACAUGGUCUCACAUGUUUGAUCAGAGAAGAAAAUGAAGGUAACAUGUGUCAAGAUGAUGCUGUUCAACUAUGCCAAAGUACCUUUGGAAGACUUCAGAUCAUUUGCUGUGAAAACCUUGAGACAGAGCUUCUCUUGGGUCAUGAGCCACUUGCUAACACCUCUUCUGAAACCCAAGUGUACGUCCCAAAAGAGGGCUGCACAUUCUACCUGAAACACAGUGACGAUAUGGCCUUUAAGGUAAUGCAUGAGGUGGCUAUGACAUUAACCAAAGAAAUCAAUUCCCUGCUGCAGAACGCUUUACACCCAAACAGACUUCUGGGUUUGGGCGAGCUUUUGUUAUGUGAUACACAGGAAGAAGUUGACAAGACACUCGAAAAAUAUGGAAUCCGUAACAGUGCCAUCAAAGUAGGACUUCAUCGUCCAAACCCAGGGAGUCUGAUACCGGAGGAAUGGUAUGAUGUCCUUGACAUGAACUUUAUGAACAACUAUGAAAGAGGCGAGUAUGUUGGCUUCAAAAAGACAUCAGAGGAUGAGAACUAUUACCAUGCAGUGAUUGUUGAGUGUUUGCCUGCAUUGCAUGAAAUAGGCGGAUAUUGCUGUAGAUACAAAAUAGAAAGUGGCAAGGAUGAGUUUGUUGAGGUAAGCUCCCUUGAUCUUUACCAGUUUAAACGUGAAAAAACAUCUUUUUCAAAGCAAAGCGUUUGUAGAACAAUAAGGCUAGUGGAUGGACCUGUGCUAUCACCAGAGGAAGACUUCCCAGAGACUUUUGAGGAAAUCAAAAAGGAAAUUGACAAGUGCCUGAAAGAAAUCAGGACUCUGUCGAAAGAUGAGCAACACAAAGCCAUCAGACGCCUGUAUCUCCGGUGGCAUCCAGACAAAAACCCAGGGCAAGAAGAGCUCGAUAAUAAGGCUUUUAGGUACUUAAAAAACAAAAUUGAAGAAUUUGAGGCAAAAGAGACUGUAGAUGAUUUAGAAACAAGGAAUUUCAGUAGACAAAAUGAGACUGCACAAUCUCAUUUCUCGUGGAACUUUGAACACUUCUUCCGUCAGUGGAACUCCGAAGCAACGCGUCACCGUCAAGGUCGAGAGAGGUCCCAGCACACCAAUAGCAGACCCCAGAAUGAUUUUUGGGCGUUUCAGCAGGAGAUGCUAAGGUCAGACAAAGUGGAAGGUAAGCGCUGGCAUUUACAAGCCCAGUGUGACCUUCGUGCCGCCCACAAUGACACAGGGGGAGAGGCCACGGAGUGGUGUAUGUUCAAGGUUCAUCAGGCUGUGGAGAAGGCCCUGAUGGCAGUGGAGUACAGGCGGAGUGGAAAAGCCUCUUCCACAGGCUCCAUCUCUGCUCUUGCUAAGAAGGUGUCAGGCUACAGCCCUGAGCUGAGCACUUUGUCAGGCCUUGUGAGUCGACUAAAACGUUUGGGUGUAGAUGGCAAAACAACUCAGUACCCCAACUACCACCAGCCUCCUCAGAUUCCUAACAAUGCAUUCCAACCUGAAAAUGAAAAAGAGGCUCUUGAUAUCGCAUUGGAACUUCUGCAGAAAGUGGACUCAUAUGUAACAAACUGAUUAAAAAUUAGCGAUAUAUUAAAACAUUUUUGUAAUUUUCAGUUACUCAUUCCUAAUGAUUCACAUCUUUGAAAUACUUUUAUAGUUGCAUGAUUCUGAUGUUCACUAUGUGUUCUUUAUCAUUUAUUACACACAUGAUUUAUCAGUGUAUUAAUGAAUUAUGACUGUGAAAAUUAUGAAAAAUGUG